AUCCCGUGGUCAUAUUAUUUCUCUUAAAAAUACCUUGGCCAAAACUACCAAAGGAAACAGAUCGAUUUUUGAUUAUUUGGCGGAGAUGACGGCAAUUUCUGACGCACUUGCUCUUGCCCAAAAUCCCAUAUCUGAGGAGGAUCUGGUUAUUCAUAUUCUCCGAGGUCUUGGGCCGGAUUAUGGAGAUAUCAAAUCAGCUAUCCGGAUACGUGAAAAUCCAUUACCUAUGGCAGAAUUACGUCCCAUAUUGUUGGAACAUGAGCAACAAAUUAAUGAAGCAGCAGCCAGUGACUCCCUUUUGCCCACUGCGAACACCA